CGUAACAUCCCGGCUGCCUGACGUAGGUGACGUAGCCAUCACUGCAGUCUCUCGCACUGGCAGCUGCAGCAGCAAACAGAGCACGUCCAAUAAAUACAUCCUUACUUCAAAUCAACCGUCACAGAACAAAAGAAGCAAAAUGGCAUCACCAGGUCCUCAACUGGACCCAGAUCUAAUGAGAGAGAUACUUGAAUGUCCUAUCUGUCUGGAGACCUACAACCAGGAACUGAUGAGACCUAAACUCCUGCAGUGUGGUCAUACAGUGUGUCGGCAGUGUCUAGAGAAGCUCUUGGCAAAUACAAUCAAUGGUGUUCGCUGCCCUUUCUGCAGCAAGGUGUCGCGCAUGAGCAGCAUCUCGCAGCUGGCCGAUAAUCUGACUGUGCUGAAGAUACUUGACUGUACUUUAUCGUGCAGUGCCACCGCUGCUGCGCUAAUGUGCAAGUCUUGUUGCAACCGUUUACCACGACAGUACUGCCAUGAAUGUGCCACGGUUCUUUGUGAGUGUUGUAAAGGGGAGGGCCACCAGCAUCAAGGCCAUACAGUUCAACCAAUCAGGGAUGCUGCAGAUCAGCGUCGUAAAGAACUAGGUGACAGGCUGUCUGCUUUACGUAACAUCAUGGGUGAAAUUCAAAAGAAAAAGACAGCAAUUGAAAACAUUUCCAAGGCUUUGAGAUUAAAGUAUCGUUCAGUGCAGCAGGACUACACCACAGUGGAGCAACAUCUCCAUGAGGAGCUCAGCAGGUCUAGAAGAACGUUUAAUGCCUCCAUGACAGAAGUUGAGAAACACAAUGGACAGGUGUUGGAAGAGCAGACUUAUCUUCUCAACAUUGCUGAGGUCAAAGUAGUGUCACGAUGUGAUUAUCUUACGAUACGAGUGAGGCAGAGUGACAUUGCCUUACUUAAGGAUGAUGGUGGAGAAAGUGAUGAUGAGGAAUUGGACCUAAACAGCAGCCUGCCCACCAUGUUUCAACUGCAAGAGCCACAGCUGGUCCAAGCAGAUCAUUCCACACCUUUACAAAUAGGCCAGUUGAACACAAACACUAACACAGUCAAUAUAGAAGAUGAAGGGAGUAGGCUGGAAAACGCACUUGAGGGUUUUGCAGACGGGUAUUCUGGAGAAGAAGGUGCCACUGGCGGGACGACAGCUUCAGAGGAUCUUUACCGAGAUACAGAUAUGGUUGUAGAGGAGGGAGUGUUUAGUUCACCAGGCAGCUUCAAGUCAAAGUCCAUGGAUGAAGGCGGAGGAUCACCUAGAAGACCUGGAGCAAGUGCAGUGCUGCCAGCCUGCCUGUUUGUGAAGAAGAUGGGCUCCAAAGGAACGUUACCUGGUAUGUUCAAUUUACCUGUCAGCAUCUGUGUGACGCUGCAAGGUGAAGUGCUGGUGGCGGAUCGUGGAAACUACCGUGUUCAGAUUUUUAACCGCAAAGGUUUCCAACGGGAAAUCCGCCGCAAUGCCAGUAGCAUUGACAACUUCGUCCUCAGCUUUCUUGGGGCUGACCUACCGAACCUGGUCCCAUUGUCCAUCGCUGUAACUCCUCAAGGUCUGAUUGGGAUCACUGAUAACUACGACAACUCUGUUAAAAUCUACACCAUGGAUGGACACUGUGUGGCCUGCCACAAGAACCAACUGAUUAAACCGUGGGGCAUUGCUGCCAUGCCAUCAGGUCAGUUUGUAGUGUCAGAUGUGGAAGGUGGCAAGCUGUGGUGCCUGGCAGUGGACCGCAAUGUUGGCGUGGUGAGUUACAAUCGCCUGUGCUCUGCUGUGAGGCCCAAAUUUGUGACUUGUGAUUCUGCUGGAACAGUUUACUUCACCCAGGGCCUAGCACUGAACUUUGAAAAACGUCACAAUGAGCCCCACUUGGAGGGGGGCUUCUCUAUUGGUUCAGUAGGUACUGACGGGCAGCUGGGCAAGCAGCUCAGUCAUUUUUUCUCCGAAUCAGAAGACUUCCGCUGCAUCACUGGGAUGUGUGUGGAUGCCAAUGGGGACUUGCUGGUAACGGACAGUGGCAGAAAAGAAAUUCUUCAAUUUCCCAAAGAGGGUGGAUUCAAAAUUCUCAUCCGGGAAGGGCUGACCUGUCCUGUGGGAGUGGCCACCACCCAGAAAGGACAGCUGCUGGUGCUGGACUGUUGGGACCACUGUGUAAAAGUCUACUCAUAUAUUCAGAGGAGGCACUCUUCCACCUCUUAGAGAAAAACAAACUCCAGCCUGACAGCACCAAUGCAUGGUCAUUUAGAGGUUAAAUCACAGGUGUGUGGGGUUAAGGGUGUACUGGUCAGGGAAAGGUUCCAAAAUUAUUAUCUGUCUCUUCAGUUAGGCCGCAGUCCAGUCUAUUCUUACUCUGGCACACAUUCAAGUUUUAAGUAUAAAUAAAUGUCCCGGUUGGUUUGGUUCAGUUCAAGGCCACUGGAUCAUAAUAUAAUACCUCCAAACUGAACAUCAGAAACUUGAGCUGCUUUUUGUCAGAUUUAUGUAAAUGGAUCACAACACUUCAUUGUGACUAUUGUUACAUUAAAAUAAAGCAGUUCUUGUAAAAAUAAUGCAGGUACAAGUUAAAGAUGACCCCUUUCUCAGCUGAUGUUUUAACACUUAAGUCCGACUUAUAAAUUUGACUCCACUUUACAACAGCAAACAUGUCAGAAAGAGAAGUUGAACAUAAACACACGUUCAUGUGAUGAAACGUACAAAGGCGAUCAGCCUGUAAAGCACUUUACUACUGACAAAUCACUGUUUCCUUCGGGUUAUGUAGCACAAGUAAUAAUGUAACUGAAUGCAGCUGGCAGCUUUAAAGUUACUGGUUACAUACAUUUUAGAAAACAAUGAGGACCUAGUAUUCAUACACAUUCAGGUCUAUAGUUUGGGCAAUAUUACAUCAAGAAACUAUCAAACACUAAUUUCUUAAAGGUUAUUUAAGGGUUUAUGAGUAAGGGAAAGUUGACCAAAGCUGAGUAGUAGUACAUAAUUUACUGUAUUAUUAGAAUACAUAGAGUUAAUAUUAAGUAAUUAUUAAGGCUGUCAAAAAUGUAAAAUGUAUUUUUAUUUAUCACAGGGAAGCUGUUGAUUAAUCACAAUUGAGAUAAAUUAACAGAAUUUAGACAAAAUGUUGCUUCAUAGAGAGCUGGUUGAUAUUAGUCUUUACUUUGCAUCAUGACAGUGGCUGUUGGAAGGUAUCAAGAGUUUCUUUCAAAACUUUGGUGAUGCUGUUGAUCUCAACAAUAUUGAUCAGGCUGCAUUCUCACACUGUCUCAGUCAGCAUAUUGUCUGUAGACUAACUCACAUCCUGGUCUGAUUCAAGCAUCUAGUUGAAGCCUCCAUAAACACACUGGGUUUUGAGAUGUUAUAUUUAAGCUCAAGUUGCAUUGGUGAAACAAAAACCUUUAUUCAACAACGUGUAUGGACUGUGUAUAAGAUCAAUGUUAAGUGGAUGCACAGUGCACAUUAUUCUGCUUAUGCCUUAAAAUGUGCUAAAAUUUUAAUCAGCUCAGUAAGUCAAUCAAGAGUUAAGGCAUUCAUUUGACAGCCCUAAUAAUUAUACAACAGGUUGCUGGAGACUAAAUGUGAAUCUUGACGAUGUUAAUGUUAGUGUGUUCUCAUUUAACUCUGUGUUUACAUCCAGUCACAUCCUCCCUUGUGUUGUCGAUGACCGGGAAGACAAAGUAAACACUACAUUUCCCUUGGGUGUCAUAGUUAUUCAUCCCGUCUUCUGGCUGUAGCUAUGAGAUGGUGUAUUCUUCCAACUCGCCACCUAGUUUGAACUAAAUAGAUUCUCUACAGACUUUGCAGCAUUGCUGUCUGGGUAUUCCACUGUAACUGUCAUUAAUAACCGAGUAAGAUUCCCAUGUGACAUCAGGAACCUGCAGUGCCCUAAAAUAUGCAGGGCACAGCUCCUUGGCUGUGUUUGUCCUAUUUCACCUGGGCUGAACUUCAUUAUACACUUGUCUUCACAUUCAUUUUGUUGCACUGCCAAUGCAAACAGCACCAAAAAACUCCAAAGGCCACAACAGCAUUAAACUUCAGGGUAGUGUAGAAUUUGACGACUUAAAAAUAGUUUACCAACGUACUUUUUUAAAAAAUCCAUAAUUUAUUGGAUAGUUCUACCAUAUCACUGUCUCCUAGGGGCUGUGAAAACAAACCAAGCAUCACAGCAGAGAUGGCUGUAGAACUCUGGGAGUUCGAUUUUUGUGUCGCCGUGUCUCCCUCAGGUCACCAUUCAGCAGAAGACACUUGCAAUCGCAAUUCUCUAGUCUGCUGUGAUAUUGUAAAGACAACAACCAUACGGUAGUUAAUGCUAGUGCUGCUUAAGCUAGUUUUUAUUAGCAUCUGCACUAGCUUAUCUCUUAAAAUUGGUUUAUGUCUUCACUGCUAAACAAAUGCAAAUCUAAUAAGUUUAAGGCUACAAUACUGGUAUUUAAAGUGUUUAAUACGGCCUAGAUAUUUAGACUACAUACAGGAAUACCAAGUACAGUAUACACGUGCUGAGGUAUUCCUACACCUCCAAUUCAAAUAUGGCCUUACUAAAGCUGACAGUUUCUAACAGCUGACUUUAGCAUAUACCUGUUGCCCUGAUUAAUGAUGUUAUGAUCUGAUGUUAUGUCCAAUAUAAAAAGUGAGCUAAGAAAAGUGAACGGUAAUUGAAAAAUUGUUCAGAUGACAUGGAAAUGGAUGUAAUUCAGAUUUUAGUCUCUUCUUGUCAAUUCCUGGUGCUUCUCUUGUUUUACAUUAGACCUGUUACAUGAUAAGACCACAGAGGGUGAGAGACAGCGAUGAAUGCAAGUCAUCUUUGACAUUGUACUAUUUGACUUGUGUUUUUUUGUUUUUUUCCAUUUUGUCCCUAGAAUAAGUCAUUAUUAGAGAAUAAAAGACAUUAUUGCAGUGAUGUAUAAUCACUAUACAUCAUAUAUAGUGAUAUAUAUAGUGAUGUAUAAUAAUAAUAUGAUCUAUAGAAAAAAUCCAAGUGUCCUUGUGUCGGUGUGAUCAACAUCAGACAUUGUUAUGACAUCACUAUGUUUGAGUUUGUAAGAACUGGUAAAAUCAAUGUCCUUUCCUUAGGUGCAGUCAGUAGAGAGGGUCUGUUUGAAGGGUAUAGAAAUCUGCUUAAUUGAAAAGCCAUUUGACAUCCAUACAAACACAUACAGGUGGGUACAUGUUCCUUUUUGAGUGUUUUAUUUUUUUAAAGGCGGUGAAUUGUAAAAUGUGUUGAACACAUUACAGAAAUCACUAUAUGUUUGAAUUGUUAAAUCUGAGGUCAAUAAAAAGAAUUUCAAAACUA